AUGGAGCCCGAGCACGGCCAGAAGCAGCCCCGGCUGCCGAGGCGAAGCCGCUGGGCCUCUAGGCUGAGCACGGAGGGCGGCGCGGGGCCUGCGGCCGACAACCCCGGGCCGGGGCCCGGGCCGGACGGGAGAUACUCCCUUCGAAGAGGUAGCGCCUUCAUUUUUUUAACACCUGGCCCCCACUGGGACUUCACUUUGAAAAGAAAACGAAGAGAGAAGGAUGAUGAUGUUGUAAGCCUUAGCAGCCUUGAUCUGAAGGAGCCAAGCAAUAAAAGGGUCCGACCUCUUGCUCGGGUCACAUCCUUGGCAAACUUAAUCUCUCCUGUAAGAAAUGGAGCAGUCAGACGUUUUGGGCAAACAAUACAGUCAUUUACCCUUCGUGGUGACCACAGAUCCCCGGCCUCUGCCCAGAAGUCAUUUAGCAGGUCUACAGUCCCAACGCCUGCCAAAAGAAGCAGCAGCGUGCUGUGGUCAGAGAUGCUGGACGUCAACAUGAAGGAGUCUCUGACCACCAGGGAGAUCAGGCGGCAGGACGCAAUAUAUGAAAUGUCCCGAGGUGAGCAGGAUUUAAUUGAAGACCUCAAGCUUGCAAGAAAGGCCUACCAUGAUCCCAUGUUAAAGUUAUCCAUCAUGUCAGAAGAAGAACUCGCACACAUAUUUGGUGAUUUGGACUCUUACAUACCUCUGCGUGAAGAUUUGUUGGCAAGAAUAGGAGAAGCAACCAGGCCUGAUGGAACAGUGGAGCAGAUCGGUCACAUCCUCGCGAACUGGCUGCCAGGCCUGCAUGCCUGCAAAGGCUACUGCAGUAACCAGCUGGCAGCCAAAGCUCUCCUCGAUCAAAAGAAACAGGACCCAAGAGUCCGGGACUUCCUGCAGCGAUGUCUGGAGUCUCCCUUCAGUCGGAAACUGGAUCUGUGGAGCUUCCUUGAUAUCCCCAGAAGUCGUCUAGUCAAAUAUCCUUUGCUGUUAAAAGAAAUUCUCAGACACACUCCAGAAGACCACUCUGAUGUUCAGCUUCUGGAGGAUGCUGUGUUGAUAAUACAAGGAGUGCUCUCUGAUAUCAACUUGAAGAAGGGUGAGUCCGAGUGCCAGUAUUACAUCGAUAAGCUGGAGUACCUGGAUGAAAAGCAGAAGGAUCCCAGAAUCGAAGCAAGCAAAGUGCUGCUGUGCUACGGGGAGCUGAGGAACAAGAGUGGACACAAACUUUACAUUUUCCUGUUUCAAGACAUCUUGGUUCUGACGCGGCCCGUUGUGCGGAACGAGCGGCACGCCUACCAGGUGUACCGGCAGCCCAUACCCGUGCGGGACUUAGUCUCGGAGGACCUGCAGGACGGAGACGUGCGGAUGGGGGGCUCCUUCCGGGGGGCCUUCAGCAACUCAGAUAAAGCUAAAAAUAUCUUUAGAGUUCGUGUCCAAGAUCCCUCUCCAGGCCAGUCUCACACUCUGCAAGCCAACGAUGUGUUCCACAAGCAGCAGUGGUUCAACUGUAUCCGAGCCGCCAUUGCCCCUUUCCCGCCUGGACCCGAGCUCCAUGAGGAGUGUGAGGAGAACAGCCUCUCUGCCGCCAACCUCCCAGCCCAGAGGAGGGGGUCCGUGGUUUCCAGCAUCACUCAGGUAGAAGUUGAGAACGCUUCGGAGCGUGGCUGCAGCGCGCAGCUAGCAGAAGACUCCAAGAGUGUGGAAGCACCCCAAACACGGCCCAGCUUCCGGAGAGCAAGGGACAGAGCCCAGUCAAGCGCCAAACGGAAAGAGACCAUGGUGUAGAGAAGGCUCUGGGUGUUUCCUGGGGCAGAGACUGUUUAUUUAUAAAUGUGUACAGUUCUGUUUUUCUUGUGAUAUGAGCAUAGGAGCAUCCAGAGGGUUGCUUUAUGCCACUUGUAAUAUUGUCAUUGUUUUUGGAGGUUCUCUUUU